AUGACAAGGCGUACACUGAAGAAGAAGACACAGAAAACCACUCUGCGUGUAUUCUUAGACCACUCGCAAGCCAUCGUACCUACCCGUCAAACAGAAGGUGCAGCAGGGUACGAUCUGCAUUCAGCAGAGGAAGUGAUCAUUUCCGGAUGCUCCCGUCUCCUCGUAGAUACCGGUCUGAAGUUGAUGAUACCCAGCGGAUGCUACGGACUUAGAUGCAUUCCCCAACGCUGCUUGGCUGCAAAACAUGGAAUAGAUGUAGGAGCUGGAGUAAUAUACUCUGACUAUGUCAGUCGAGUCAAAAUACUCCUAAUCAAUACCCUUGAUAUCCUGUUCCAGAUUGACUAUGGGGACGGAGUCACCCAGCUAAUCUUGGAACGAAAUGAUAUCCCUAUCACCGAAGUCGUGACGGAAAUAGCAGAAACAGCAAGAGAGACUGCUGGCUUCGGAUCGACUGGUACUAAACUACAGGGACAAUUCAACGUCCGCGCAGUAUGA